GUUAGCCUUGACUACGCCUCGAUGUGUUUCACAUCCUUUUACGACCUCAAAUAGCGAUAAAUUUUCGAGAAAACCCACGAAAAUCCGGCCCGGAAAAUGCGCUUCAAAUUCGCCAUUUUGAGCGGCCUUUUACUCGGUUCGUUGACCUGUCAAGCCCGAUGCGAAGAGAAUUCCAAUCUAAAUGCAUCGGAAACCGUCAAAAACAUGAAUUUCAAACUGCACAACGGCGAUCUGAUGCCUCUAAUCGGCUUCGGAACUUACCAAAUACAAGGCGACGAAUUGAUCAAAGAAGUCCUAGAUUUGGCCCUAUCGGCGGGUUACAGACUCAUCGAUAGCGCAACGGUGUACGGGAACGAAGUAUCGAUCGGAAAGGCCCUAAAGGAGCUCCUACCCAAGUACAAUCUAACGCGCAAAGACAUCUUCAUAACCUCCAAAUUGGCUCCGAGCGAUCAAGGCGAACGAGCCUACGUGGCACUCGAGCGAUCCCUGAGGAAUCUAGAUUGCGAUUACAUCGAUUUGUAUCUGAUACACUGGCCCGGCGUGCAAGGUGUAAGAGGCCAGGAGAGGAACAACUCGCUGUCGAGGCGGGAGAGCUGGAAGCAGCUCGUUCGAGGCGUUCGAACGGGACUCACCCGAAACAUCGGAGUCUCCAAUUACAACGUGAAACACAUGAAGGAGCUGCUCGAGAACGAUUUCGGCGUGAAACCCGCCGUUAAUCAAGUCGAAUGGCACCCGGCUUACCAUCAACCGGAGCUCCUGGAAUUGUUGCGCAAAGAGGGGAUACUGUUGCAGGCCUACUCGUCGUUGGGGGGCUCGAAUAAUCCGGAUUUGAUUAACAAUCCGGAGGUGACGAGGCUAGCCGGGAAACUGGGCAAGAGUCCUGCUCAGGUGCUCCUGCGCUGGGCCAUCCAGCAAAACGUCGCGGUGAUUCCCAAAGCCAGAUCGAAGAGGCACGUCGACGAAAACAUCGAUUUGGAUUUCCAGAUACCGAUCGAAGAUAUGAAAAUUUUGGAUAACUUCAGGCAGGUCAAGUACGCCUGGGAUCCGGACACGAUCGCCUGAUUUUCCUUUUACCGAUUUCCCAAAUCGAAUUUUCCUUUCGGUUUUCCUCUCUAUUUUUACGAACACGAUUUUAUUGUUAGUUAGCGACACGAUUUUUUACGGUAUUAAGUAUUGUAAUAGUUAUUUUUGUAUUCCAUUCAUUAUACACGUUUAUUUUUGAAUUAA